GUGUGGUUCAUUCUCACUUUCAUUUUUUUCUGUUAUUGUAGACCAUGCAGCGCAUGACAGCAACUGAAGACCUUACAAGCGUCGAAUGGCGCGACAUGAACUGGUUAGAGAGGAUGGGUGGCUUUCAAAACCAACAAAUGGUGCUUGACUAUUUCGCUCAAUCGCCCUUUUGGGAUCGUCAGUGCAAUAACCAAGUCUUAACAAUGCAAACGCAAUACAAUGACCUAAGGCAGCCGUACGAAAUUACCUUGGAAGCACUUAGAAAAAUGACAGGCAUUGAGUUUGCAGUUGUGCACGAACAACCACCUGUUUGGAUCAUUCAAAAGCGAUAUAGACGUGGACCUCAGCCAGACGAUGUUAAUCCUAUUGCAACUUAUUAUAUUAUGGGUGCUAAUGUAUACCAAUCACCUACUAUUUAUUCAGUCAUUGCCAACCGCUUGUUGACUAGUUUGUUUCACGUCAACAGUGCAUUUAAAGAAACACAAAACAUGAUGGAUUUCCACCCUUCCAAAGGAUACAGCUGGAAGACAUUAGCAGACGCAAACAAAAAGAAUGCUACUACCGCCGAAAAAUCCCCUUCAACAGCCAAAAGCGCAACUACGAAUAUGAAUGUAAUUAAUAGCGUCAAAAGCGUAUUGCGUGCACAAGAAACGCAAGUAUUUAGACAUUGGAUGGACAGAGCCAUUGAGACUGCAUCUAUAAAAGUAAUACAGGCACGGCAAAUUAUCGAUGCACCUGAAAAUGAUCAUACUCUCAAGACAGUUGAUUCUCCUUCUUCUCAACUUCGAGAUGACAUUGGUGGAAAACGGCCUAGAAAAAGAACAGACGAAGGAAAUGUAGGCAAUCGCAAAAAGAAAGCAACAAAAUAAAAAAAAAGGG